AUGCCGUUGCAUCCGCCGCAACGCCCCCGUCGGCCAUCGGAAAAGCUGCGGGACAUUCAGGCGGUCCGCGAGGCUACAGCACAACCGCCACGGACCAGCUCGGCACUGGGGCCGCCUCCGCCGACAUCACGUGCGAGAUCGGCGUCGUCUGUUGUUGCUAGUGGACAGGCUGGGGCGGCAGGCGAACGCCCUGUGCCAGGCGCGGGGCACCCAAAGCCAGGCCCUCUCCGCCGCGACAGUGCCAGUAAGCCACGGCCGGCGAACGGGUUCCGCCGCUCACGCCAGCGCACCACAUCCGAGCAGAUCCACACGUCGCCGUCGCUGCCUACCCGAGGCCCGCCACCCAAGCCCAAGCCGGGCUCGAAGCCGCGGCCGGUCCCGGGUCCGCGACCGUCUGCGACGACCGGCAAGGGGCCACGCCCAUCGGCUGCCGCCCUCACCAUUGUCUCCAUAUUCAAGGCCGAGCGGCAGUACGUCCUGCUCCUCGAGUCGAUGGUCGAGGUCCUCAGUGCGGUCCUCGCCGAUGAGCCCAGUGAUUCCAAGGGCGGGCGGCUGCUCGCGCGGUUUGACGCCCUCCUGCAGGCCAACAAAGCUCUGUUUGUCAAGCUCUCAGGCCGCGCAGACACCCCGUUCUCGGUUGUUCAAACCUGUACCGCCUUUCUCGGCACCAUGCCGCGGCUCUAUGCCUAUGCCGACUUUGCGCGUCAUCGGGAGCUGAUGAAGCGAUACCUGGCGACGGAAAUGCCAGCCAAGGCGUCGUCCGAGCUCAACCGAUACCUUGAGAGCAAGGCCAUUUUGCCGGAAAUGUUGUUCUCCAAGCCGCUGGCUCAUUUCAUGCUCUACCCUCGGCUGGUCUCCAAGCUCCAGACAUGCGAGUUGCUCUCGGGCGCGGACAUCAGCGCCAUCAACGAAGUUCUCGGCCGGCUCAAGGACCUCAAGAUGGCAGUCCAGGAGCAGGCAUCGAUCUCGCGCGGCUACGGUCGAGUCGAGGACGAGCUGGCGAUGAUCGAGCCGGUACCCGAGCUCACCGGCAUCCUCCAUCUCGGCCAGAAGCUUGUCGAGGCCGGCGAGACCAUUGUGUUUGAGCUAGGCCUCGACGAGCUGAUGCACACGCCGCGGGCGCCGUCCAAGACCGUCGACUCGUAUCCCGCGCGCUUCUGCCUCCUCACUGACUCACUCCUCAUCCAGCGCCGCAAGCGCAAGGUCAAGAACCAUCGUAUUUACACGCUGCAGCUCAAGCUGAGCGCUGCAACGCUCGCCAUGGAGCGCGAGCUCGACCAUGACCGCGACGCCCUGAGAGUCCACGACCACAAGCACCUCCUCGAGCUCCUCUUUGAGUCCCCCGAGCGCAAGGCCGAGUUUAUCGCCGGCGUCGAAGAGGUGAAGCGGACAUUUGCCACCCAGCACGCGCUCUCAUCAUCAUCAGCGUCGCUCACGCUCGAUGGCUCACUCGUCCCGGGCCACGCGGGCGCCGACUCGUCGUCGUCGUUCCGCCUUCCGCUUAUCGAACUAGGCUCGCAGCACGACGUCGCCACUGUUGUCUCGAGUAUUGCUCGCGUCCGCGACGUCGCCACAUGUGAGUCGCUGCCGCAGCUCACGGCGUACGUCCAAAGUCUCGACGUCGCCAUCGAGGCGCUCUCACUCGGCGCUGCCGUCAGCGACGACACCACGCUCCGCCCGGAGCGCGACCAACGCACAGUUGUCAUGGCGGCCUACGAGGCCCGCGAGACUAUCGCCGCCAACGCUCGCCUGGACGCGAUCUUGGAGGACGCCGUCGGUGGCAAGCGGCCAACGCCGCCGGCCCGUCCGCCAGCGUCGUCAAAGCCGCCACCGGCGGCGACAGCUGUCCUCGCUAACUCGUCCAGCCGCACGCUUGUUUGGGACAGCUCGGUUACCUCGGUCGCCUUUCCUGGGCCCGACGGACUUGUCUGUGUCAACCCCCGCGCGCUCGAUAAGGACCAGCUUGUCAAGGCCUAUCUCGUUGCUGUCAACGAGCUGGCGCGUAUGCGCGCGGCCUCGCGCCCGUAGCCCCGACUCCCUGAGCCAAUACAUCCGCCGAUGCUCACCC